UAGUCCCUUCCAGUUUCCACAAAGAAAAAGCCAAAACUCCCACUGCUUUUUUUGCCCAUUGAUGCACAUUUUUCUGGUCAUUCUUUGUUUAGGAAAUGAAAUAUAUCUGAAUAAUGACCCAACGGGCUACUGGCAGUCUAAUUCCUCUUUCAUUUUAUAUAAAAGUUUCACGUUGUCCUACAAUAAGAUAUAUAUGUUUCAGUGUCUUCAAAAAAGUUUUCACUGUGUCUGGAGUACUGUUGAAAUACUUUCACCUUUGGAGAAUUGUCUUAUGUAACUUAUCUCCCAAUUUGGAAUACACAAGGAUACCUGUAAAACUGGUAAAAUAUAAAAAAAUAUUCAAUAUUCAGUAGUUUUGAUAAUGAAGUUCAUGAAAAAAAAAAACCAAAUCCUUACAAUAAGCAUUCUUUAUUUGCAAAAUAUUGGUCAACCAUGAUUUUCCAUUUUUAUUUCAAAAUCCAUGACUGAAUGCUAACAUUUUCCUUCUUUCAUUUAUUGGUCAGACCCUACCCAUUUCAGUGUGUACUGACAGCUGCCCCCCUGGUUAUUUCAAGAGAAAGCAGGAGGAGAAACCAUUUUGCUGCUAUGAUUGCCUUCGAUGUCCCAAAGAGAAAAUGUCAAGGCAGAAGGACAUGGAUGACUGUUCCAAAUGCCCAGAAGAUCAAUAUCCAAAUAAGAAACAAGAUUCAUGUCUUCCAAAGAAAGUGUCUUUUUUGUCCUAUGAAGAACCAAUGGGAAUAGCUUUAGUCACUCUAGUACUUUCUCUCUCUCUCUGCACAAUUCUGGUGCUGGCAACAUUUGUGAAGUAUCACCAUACUCCUAUCGUCAAGGCUAAUAAUCGAAAUCUCUCCUAUGUUCUACUCAUCUCCCUCCUUCUCUGCUUCCUUUGCUCACUGCAGUUCCUCGUUGCACCUGGAAAUAUAAUAUGUCUCUUUCGACAAAUUAGCUUUGGCAUCAUCUUUUCAGUGGCUGUGUCUUCUGUGCUGGCAAAAACCAUCAUUGUGGUUUUAGCUUUCAUUGCCACCCAGCCAGGAUCCAGGAUGAGGAAAUGGGUGGGAAGAGGACUGGCCACCUUCAUUGUUCUUUCUGGUUCCCUGAUUCAAGUAGGCAUCUGUAUGGUGUGGCUGUUCACAUUUCCCCCUUUUCCUGACAUGGACACCCAUUCAGAAAUUGAGGAAAUCAUACUACAGUGUAAUGAAGGUACAGUUAUCAUGUUCUACUGUGUCCUGGGAUACAUGGGCUUUCUGGCAGCUGCCAGUUUCAUGGUAGCAUUUUUCUCCAGGAAUCUUCCCAGCAGUUUCAAUGAAGCUAAAUGUCUCACAUUCAGUAUGCUGAUCUUCUGCAGUGUGUGGCUCUCCUUUGUUCCAUCCUACCUGAGCACCAAAGGCAAAUACAUGGUGGCUGUAGAGGUUUUCUCCAUUUUGGCUUCCAGUGCUGGAUUGUUGGUCUGUAUAUAUUUUCCCAAAUGUUACAUCAUUAUUAUUAGGCCAGAGUUGAACAACAAAGAACAAUUAAUAAAGAGAAGAUAAUAAUAAA